AUGGAUGAUCGUACAAUUGACACGAUAUUUGCUGGAUCGUUGGAAUCUUUGCCACCGGUCAGCUCAAAAAUUGUGCGAAUUUUUACGAGUUCGACAUUUACUGAUACAACAAUGGAACGUAACACGUUAAUGGCAAAAUGUUAUCCAAGAAUUAAGGAUUAUUGUCGUGAAAAACAUGGUUUGGAAUUUCAGGUGGUGGACAUGAGAUGGGGUGUACGAGAUGAAGCCACUGAUGAUCACAUGACCACCGAGCUAUGUAUGAAAGAAAUUGAAAAUUGUCAACGUUUAUCAAUGGGUCCAAAUUUUGUUGUAUUUUUGGGACAAAAAUAUGGUUAUCGACCCAUUCCAACUUAUAUACUUUCCUCGGAAUUACAAUUACUCCGAGAUGAAUUAGCUGCUACGGGUCAUGAUGUCAUACUAUUGGAUACUUGGUAUCGUAAAGAUAGUAAUGCCGUGCCUCCAAUCAGUGUUCUCCAACCAAUCUCCUCAAUUUUGGUCAACUUUAAUAACAAACGUAUUCCAAAAUUACAAGCAGAAGAUCAAGCAAUGUGGUGGGAUAUUUUGGGUAAAAUGCAAAAGUUAUUUCGUAAAGCGAGUAGCUCCCUAUAUGAGCAAGGAGUUAUCGAUAAGGAAAUAAUGCAUAAUUAUUUCAUGUCUGUUACGGAACGUGAAGUUAUUAACGGAGUAUUAAACGUUAAAAACACUAAGAAUCAUUGUCUGGCUUAUGUCCGAUAUAUUAACAACAUCAACUUACAAAAUUUAAAGAAAGCAUCCAAUUUUGUGGAUAUUAUAAGUCGAAGUUUAGAUACCGAAUCUUCCAAACUCCUUAGUGAUCUUCGAGAUGUACGUCUUCCAAACAAAAUUGAGACAACAAACAUGCAAAAAUAUACCGUGGAAUGGAUUGGUCGUGAGGGUUUAGAUCCAGACACCCAUGAGGAGUACUUAAAUCAUUUCAUAACACAUUUUUACAAGAAUAUUGUUAAAUUAGUGGAUCGUGCCAUGCGUAAAGAGGAUUCUAGUGCUCAAGGACAGAUUGUUACAGAAAUUUUGCAGCAUUUACAUGCUUGCAAUAACAGUGUGACAGUGUUCUAUGGACGUCAGGAUAAUUUGGAUCAUAUUGAAAAUUACAUGAGAAAUAAGUCUGAUAAACCGUUGGUACUUUAUGGGGAAGGUGGUAGUGGGAAAACUUCUUUGUUAGCGAAAAGUGCAAGUUUAUGUAAAGUAUGGUUUGCUAAUGCAAGACCGAUUACGAUUAUUCGAUUUUUGGGUACUACACCAGACAGUAGUGCGUUAACGCCAAGUUUGAUUUCGAUUUGUCAACAAAUAUCAUAUAAUUAUAUGUUACCCUUCGAUGGAAUUCCAGAUGAUCUGGUACCCUUAACGGCACAUUUUAAACAAUUACUAACUCUAGCUACAACACAGCAACCAUUAUUUCUAUUUUUCGACAGUGUGGAUCAGUUAACCGGCGCACAAGAUGCUAAUAAAGUAUCAUGGUUGCCAACACGUUUACCAGAUAAUUGUAAGAUAAUAGUAUCAUGCGCUGCAGAAGAAUCAAAUCCAGUUGUAUCUCAAGAUUAUCAUUUGCUACGACGUAUGAUUGACGUCGAAGAGAAUUUUGUCGAAGUUACUGCUUUGGGUGAAGAUUUAGCAAUGAAUGUAAUUAAAAUGUGGAUGAAAACAGCAUGCCGUGACUUAAAUAAUUAUCAAUGGCGAUUAGUAUCGAAUGCUAUCAGUAAAUGUAGUUUACCCAUAUUUGUAAAAUUAGUAUUUGCGGAAAUAUGUAGAUGGCGAAGUUACACAAAACCUCAGGAUACACAUUUAGCUUCAACAGUUAUGGAUAGUAUUAUGAUGUUAUUUGAACGAAUCGAAAAACAACAUGGUCGAAUUCUAGUAUUUCAUGCAUUAGCAUAUAUAACAGCAGCUAAAAGUGGUCUUUCUGAAUCUGAAUUAGAAGAUUUAAUAUCGUUAGAUGACAAAGUUUUGGAUGAUGUAUACCAAUACCAUUUACCACCUGUAAGACGUAUUCCACCGUUACUAUGGACUCGAAUUCGUAACGAUUUACCAAAUUAUCUAUCCGAACGUGAAGCUGAUGGUGUAAACGUUAUGAAUUGGUAUCACAGACAAUUUCGUGAUACGGCCAGAGAGCGUUAUUUUAAAAAUAUGAAUAUGGCAACAUAUUUUCAUUCAUCAAUCGCUGAUUAUUAUCUAGGUAUUUGGGGCGGUGGUAAUCCAAAACCGUUUAAAUUCACUGAAAUACAACGACACAGAUUUAAUUUAACGGAUAAAGAAGGUGUGGCUGAUCGUAAAGUACCCGUUCAGCCGCUAGUAUUUUAUUCUUCAGAUGGAGUUCCAUGUCGAUACAACCUUCGCAAAUUUGGUGAAUUACCGUUCCAUUUGGUACGGUCUCGACGUUUUAACGAUCUAUACUCCAACGUACUAUUCAACUACGAAUGGUUACAUGCUAAACUAUCUUCAUGCCCAUUGCAAUCCGUACUCAGUGAUUUCGAAGACGCAAGUGCCCAUUUAGAAAACGGUGAUAGCGCAAAACGUGAAUUGUUAUUGGUCGCGGAUGCACUUAGAUUAGGUGGUGCUAUCUUGAGUGCACAUCCAAAUAUGUUGGCUCCUCAAUUAAUCGGACGAUUAUUACCCGAAAUUGGUGGUAAUUCCAACAUAAAAAUGUUAUUAAAAGCAUGCGACCAAUAUGGUCCUUCGAAUUGUGCCUUAGUACCAUUAUACCAUUGUCUGCAUACCCCAGGAGGGCCACUGAAAUAUUCUUUAGAAGGACAUCAAUUUGCAGUGUUCUCAUUUUGUUUAACUUCAGAUUAUCGUUAUAUUGUCUCAGUUUCGAAUAAAUUUAUUACAUGGGAUCUGUCUACAAGUGAUAUGACCAGAGAUGUAAAUCCUGGAAUUGAAGGAAUUAUGAUGCAAUUGGUUUUAAGUCCGGAUAAUAAAUGGGCUGCUGCUUAUACAAACAACAGUCAAACAGUGUUGUUGAAUACGUUGUCGAGUGAAUUUCAAUUAAUCGAUAAUCCAUUAGAGGAUAAUUAUAAAGUUUGUGGAAUAUAUUUGUUAAAUCAACAUUUAAUUAUUUUUGGACAAAAAUCUUGGGUUAUUUAUAAUAUGCGUGGUGAACGUCAGGAUACUUUUAACACAAACAUUCCUGAUAAAUAUAAAAAUGAGGAUUGGAAAAUAUUACAAAUGGAAUUUCAAACUUUAACCGAAUAUCGAAUUAUCUACUGGUUAGAUGAUAAAGAAGACGAUGAUCGAAUGUUAUUCCAAUAUAUAAAUAACGGCAAUGAAUUUGAAUGUUUUAACAUUCAUAGUGGUUUGGUUUUAACAAACGAUAAACAAUAUAUGUACACCUGCGUCUCGGAAAAUAAUUAUUCCGUAACAAAAUAUCAAGUGAACCAAGAGGCGAAACAAUGGGAUUUUGUCACCGAACUUCCGCGUGCUGAAAAUGACAUCACUGAAAUUGUACUACAAUUAAAAUUGGAUAAAACCAAUGACAUUUUAUUUGGCACAACGAGCAAUGGAUUCAUUGUUUGGGAUUUUAACAAUGAGAUCAGUAACUUUGCCAUGGAAUUAAUGUUACCGCAUGGCGUUCGAAAUAUAUCGACGAAAAUGUUAGUGAGUAAUUCGAUCAUGUUAAGUGCACAUAAAGAUUAUGCAGUGGCUGGAGUACGCAAAUUAUUAUAUGUAUGGAAUUUGGAAACUCAAACAUUGGUGAAAAUUUUGGAUGCACAUUUUGGACGAAUUAUCCAAUUGGAACCAUUGACUAUUGGCCAUUGGAAUUCUAUAGUUACGUCUAGUAUUGAUCGUAGCGUUAAAGUUUGGAAUAUUAAUAAUAUUUUCGAGCAAGUGCAUGUUAUUGAUCGACAUGAGUUGCAAAUUGAUACUAUCAGUUUAGCAAACGAGGGAAAUUUGGCCGUAACCGUAACGCGCGGUAAUGUUGGUGUAUGGGAUCUGAAAACUGGACAAUUAUUAACAAAAUUAGCUGAUAAUACAUUGGGAGCAAUUGUGACGCAUGCGUUAAUCACACCAGAUUCGAAGUAUAUAAUUAGCGCUGAAAGUGGUAACGUAUUAAUAUGGAACCGAUUAACGGAACAAGUAUUAUUUAAAGAGCAGCAACCGUUUAUUAAGCAGCUGAUUUUAAUGAAUAAUGAACAUCAUGUGUUAGCCGCAAGUCGUCCUAAUAAUCCUUCGGGAGUUGAUGUGAAUCGUGUUACGGCUACUGUUAUUGUUCGUUCAAUACCAGAUGGUAAAACAGUGUACACAUUUGAAUAUCCAACACGUUGUGUAUCGGGUGUACCAUUCAAACAGCUGGUUCAAACAUCAGAUGGAUUACAUUUGGUAUGCGUUGGAGCUGAUAAAAAUAAUAAAGAUUGUAUUUACGUGUUUAAUGCAACUAACGGCAAUCAAAUCCACAAAUUUGGUUUAAAAUCAGGCAUGAAAGAUGUUGCAUCUUUAGUCGCGAUGCCAAAUAAAGGUAGUUGGGUUGGAGUCAUUUUAUCUGACAAAGGUGCUGUGUUUGAUGUAAAAUCCAAAAAAUAUAUACGAACUGUACCAAAAUGGUGUGGGAGUUGUACUUCAGACUCAAAAUAUGGUCUUUAUGCUCCUCAAAGGGGUGGUUUAGAAAUGAUCGAAUUAAAAAAAGGUACCACUGUGAAAACAUUUAUUCCAAAAGUUGCAGAAGGAGUGUUUACGAUUAUCUGCCUAUUUAGUAGCACGGAUGAUUAUGUGCUGUACUAUCAUAGUGGCAGAAAAACUGUACGAGUUUUCCGAACUGAGGACACUAAAAUGAUAGCAAAUUAUCGGGUACAAGCUGAAUUAACUGCAAUUAAGAGUACGGUAGAUGGUAAAGCUGUUGUUUUGGGUACAGUCGAUGGAUGUUUAAGUGUUUUGGCCAUAGCCGACCCUCAAAGACCCGAAAUGGUUGACUAUCUACAAACAUUACCAUCAAGAGAUGAGGAGUGGAAGAGAAAUUUAGAAAAAUUACGAGCCCAAAGAAAAUUUAAAGCAGCUGCAAGUGUUGCACAACUUACUAAAAGCUGGCAUAAUGCUAAUAUCGUUCCAGCAUCUCAAGUACUUGAUGACGACAAUGAAGAGGAAUAA